AUGUCUUUAUACUACAUGUCUCAUAUAUGUGUUGAUGUGCCCAGAUUUGGCAUUCCACUUUUUUUCUUCUUCUUUUUUUUUUUUUUUUUUUUUUUUUUUUCAAGAUCUAUCAUCAACUCCAAAAUCCGCACGUCACGUUCCCAUGAGUCCCUGUUGACCAACCAGCCGACGAUGCAUGACAUAGAACUGGCUAAUACUUCCAGCUCGGACAUUCGACCUGUCCACAACAGUCUGCUUGGUCAGGACCAGUGUUUCCAUAUCCCAACAACCAAGGGAAGACUCUAUGGAUCCUGCAAGAACAAAGAGGAACAAGACAGAUGGGUGGAAAGCCUACGAAAAGGCGUCCAACCCAACAUGGACGAAUGCCGAAGAGUUGAUAAUUCUCUCAAACUAUGGGAAUAUAUUCCCCAAAAUAGCAGUUUUUUUCUCUAUUUUUUCCUUUCUUUUUGUUUAUUUCUUGUGAUUUUCUCUUGUUUUCUUCUUCCCUUGUUUUCUUCUUCCCUUGUUUUCUUCUUCCCUUGUUUUCUUCUUCCCUUGUUUUCUUCUUCCUUGUUUUUUUUUUUUUUUUCUUUUUUUUUUUUUUUUUUUUCCUUGGUUUUUUUUUUUUCCUUGGUUUUUCUUUUCCUUGGUUUCUUUUCCUUGUUUUUUUUUUUUUUUGUUUUCUCAUUUGUUUUUUUCCUUUUUUUUAAAUUUCCGUUUGUUUUUAUUUCGUUUUUUUUUUUUUACGUUUUUUUUUUUUCUGUUGUUUUUUUCCUUUUUUUUCCUUGUUUUUUUUUUUUUUUUUCUUGUUUUUUUCCUCUUUCUUUUUCCUCUUUCUUUUUCUUUCUUCUCUCUCUUUUUCUUUCUUUUUUCUAUAGUUCAACAGAGAUCAGCUGUCAAACUUCGUCCUCCUACCCUGUCUGUCUUUCCUUGUCCCCCUACCCUGUCUGUCUUUCCUUGUCCCCCUACCCUGUCUGUCUUUCCUUGUCCCCCUACCCUGUCUGUCUUUCCUUGUCCCCUUGUCCCCUACCUGUCUGUCUUUCCUUGUCCCCCUACCCUGUCUGUCUUUCCUUGUCCCCCUACCCUGUCUGUCUUUCCUUGUCCCCCUACCCUGUCUGUCUUUCCUUGUCCCCCUACCCUGUCUGUCUUUCCUUGUCCCCCUACCCUGUCUGUCUUUCCUUGUCCCCCUACCCUGUCUGUCUGGUUGCUCAUUCAUUGACUGCUACAUCCACUGCACCAUUCCUCACUCUCCUUCAUCACCACCCUCUCCCCAAUGUCUUCACUUCUCUCUUUUUAUCCAUCUCUUCAUUGACCUUUUGUUUUAUCUCACUCUCUCUCUUUCUCUUGAAUGUCUCACUCUCUCUCUUUUUCUUGAAUGUCUCACUCUCUCUCUUUCUCUUGAAUGUCUCACUCUCUCUCUUUCUCUUGAAUGUCUCACUCUCUCUCUUUCUCUUGAAUGUCUCACUCUCUCUCUUUCUCUUGAAUGUCUCACUCUCUCUCUCUUUCUUCAUUCUCUCUUUUCUUGCUGUCUUUCAAUCUCUCUCUCACUUCAUUUCACAGAAAUAA